UAUAUAUUUUUUAUUGAAAACAUGUAACCAAACUGUUUCUUAAAAAAACCCUUAACUUAAUGGUUUCCACUUUCCACUUGAACUCAAUCACACAACAGUCUAAGAGAGAAAAAAAUAAUCUCCUACUUCUCUCUUUUCUCUUACUAAAAACAUUUGUUUGCUUAUCAUUAAAAAAAUCUUUCAUAAAAAAAGAAAACGAUAGCCAUGAUGAGUAAAAGUUGCCGUCACCUCUUAAGUCUAGUGUUCGUCUCCACUCUUCUGAGCUUCCCGUUCAUAACCAUAUCGGAGACGCCGUGUCCUUACCCUUGUUACCCACCUCCAACUGGCGGGGGCUCAACUCAACCGGCGGGUUAUUACCCUCCUCCAACCGGUUAUUAUCCUCCUCCAGCUGGUUAUUACCCUCCUCCAACUGGAAAUGUACCGAAUUACCCUUCUCCACCGUACGUCGGAGGUGACUCAGGCGGAGGAUAUUACGGUCCUCCACCGCCUGACCCUAUAAUGCCUUACUUCCCGUACUACUACAGAAAGCCUCCUCAUCAGACGGAUCAGUCAUCAUCUUCAUCUGUUUCACUGGGAUCAGUGGUCAAGAUUGUAACGGUGGCAAGUGUUCUUGCGUUUCUUCUGGGUAACGUCUAGUUUAUGAGUUAAAUGUUAUUUUCGAUGGUUGAAACUUUAUGCUACUUUAUUACUAUAUAAGAAGUGCGGUGAUGCUAUAUGAUAUGCUUUAGUUAGUGUAAAGAUGAAUCAACAAGUUGGAGAAAGGGUUUAAACCUAUAGGCUUAGAACUUU